GGAAUUCAGAGAUGAAAGUCCAUUCAUGGGAGUGAUGGGGUCGGAGUAACUUCUCAUCCUCUUGAACCUGGGCACAAGGUUCGAAGGACAACCUCGAGGGUGGGAAAGAGGGAGACCCAGACAGCGCUACCUCGGCCAAAGGUGCUGGGAGAUGAGCCAUUCCCCUGGCCUGCCUCCUCGCCCGGCUCUUCCUUGAUUCCCAGGUUUGAUGCUGCAAGGCGUGUCCGCGGCUCUGCUCAUGUGAUGGAGCAGGAGGGAGAGGCGGGCGGGGGACCAGGGAGGAGGUAGUUUUGUUGGCUCUUUUUUUUUUUUUAAAGGAGUUUGCAGAAACCUCCUGGGUUGCUUCAGUCGCAGCCUGACCGCUUUCCCGAGCAGCUGAAGUUAAGGCGCCGAAGAGCGCAGCUGCCUGGACGGCUCUAUUAUUGCUAGCGCCUAUUUCUCUUUCUGGGUUGAAAAGCGUCGCGCCUCCCCUCCUCAACCCGAGAGGUUGGAGAAACGGACGCCGGAGAGAGAGAGAGAGAGAGGGAGACAUGGGAGCCGGGAGCUCUACGGAACCGCGGAGCCCGCAGGAUGAGACCACCGCAGCGGGAGAUUCCCAGCCCGGGAGUCCGGGAGGGCGGACGCCAACGGAAGCCGCGCCCGAGGCUGGAGAACCGGAGGACUCCUCCAAGAUUUUACAUAAAAAUGGACAGAUAUCCAGCAUUAAUGAAAUUGCCGAAGAGUAUGUGGAGCUCAGCCACGAACCAGAAGUGCUGAAAGAACAGCAGGCAGUACUUACACUAGAAGUUGGUGAAACAAAAGCUGCAAAUUUAAUUCUGGAAGAGGAAUCCACUGAAAACAUCAAGACCAGCCCACCAGAAUUAAAUGACAAGUCAAAUGAAGAUGAGGUACAGAAAGACACAGACGAUGCUAAUAAACAGCUGGAAUCAGAAGAAAAAGAAGAUCAACCUAGUGUAUCUCCAUCAAAUGAUGUUGGAUUUAAAAAGGUUUUUAAACUAGUUGGAUUCAAAUUUACAGUUAAGAAGGAUAAAACAGAGAAAGCUGAACCUGUUCAGCUAUUGGAUGUAAAGCCAGAGGUUGCAGAAGGGUCAAGUGAUGUGGCUGGAGACUAUAAAGAAUUCAAGACAGAAACAGUGGGAGAAGCCACAGAAAGUGAAAUCACUGCCUCUGUAGAGAAGACUGAGGAAGAAACUCAGGCUGAGGAGAUGGAACGAGAAACCUCCUCUGAGAAAGUAACAGAAAGCCCUGUUGACGCAGAAAGCAAAGAGGCAGAAAUUAAAAACAAUGGGAUUAAAUCUCCAGAGUCUCCGGUAAGCCCAUUAAACAAUGAAACUGCAUCACCUCUAAGAAAGUUUUUUACUCAGAGUUGGGCUGGGUUUAGAAAAAGGACAAGCUUCAGAAAAUCUAAAGAAGAAGUGCAAUCUGAGAAAGAAAAACAAGAACAGGAAAUGGAGAAAGAUGUGACAACAGAGGUAAUAAUCGUUGAAGAAGAAUUAGAAAAAGAAAAACUGACACCAGAAAAAGAUGGGACAGAAGUUUCUUGCCAAGCCAGUGAUGAAAAAAUGGAAAGUGAGGAAGAGAGAAAAGAAGAAACAAAAAUGGUCGAAGUUCCAACAGAAACUGAUCUGGAAGAAGCUGCUAUUCCCAGUGAGCAACUAUCAGCAGAAGAGCCAGAUAAAAAUAUAAAUAAAGACAUUUCUUUUGAAGCCAGUGAUGAAAAAAUAGAAGGUGAGAAAAAAAGGAAGGAAGAAACAAAAAUGGUCGAAAUUCCAACAGAAACUGAUCUGAAAGAGGCUGCUACUCCCAGCGAGCAACCCUCAGCAGAAGAACUGCCUGAAAAUAUAAAUAAAGACAUUUCUUUUGAAGCCAAUGAUGAAAAAAUGGAAAGCGAGAAAGAGAGGAAAGUCUCAUCAGAAACCGAUCUGAAAGAAGCUGCUACUCCCAGGGAGCAACCACCAGCAGAAGAACUGGCUGAAAAUAUAAAAGAAAUGGAUAUAAUCUUGGAAGGGGAGACUGACCUGAAGUCCAAGGAAAAAUUGGAACAAGUGCAAAAAAGUCUAAUGGGCAUAGAGCGAAGUAUUGUUGCAUUGCAUGAAUCAAAAACAGAACUGCUACAUGAAGUAUUUGAAGAAAAAAUAAACCAACUGGAUUCACUGUCUCCAGUAGCAAUAGAAAAGCCUGAGGAAUCUUCUGAAAUAAUACAGGAAAAAUCAGAACCAAAGGCUCCUCUGGCCACAGAGAUUUUUGAUGAAAAACCUAGUGAGAUAAAUAUUGAUGUUAGUGUUGUGACAGAAGAAGAACCCCAAAUAACUAAAAAAGAGCAACUAGUUCUUGAACAAUUAGUGGAAACAAACGAUGACUUUCAUAAAGAACAGCCCACCGUCGAACAGGUAAAAGUCACAGAAACAGUUCUUGAAAUAGCGAACGAACACUUCAUCCAAACUGAUCGAAGCAGUCUUGAUGCAGCAGCAGACAAACCUCCAGAAGGCAUAAUAACAAGUGAGGUAGAAUUGCUGUCAUCUCAAGAAAAAGCCAAGAUGCAAGGCAGCCCUUUAAAAAAGCUUUUCACAGGUCCUGGCUUAAAGAAAUUGUCAAGAAAGAAACGUAAAGGAAAGAAAGAAGCUAAACCAGAGGAAGCAGCAGAAGAAGCACAGCAGUUGUCUGAUACUGCAGAAAGUCCAGAUGACCCAAGGGGAGAGAGUUCUGCUUCUUCUCCUGAAGAAAUAACAGAAUCCAUAGAAAAGUCCUCCGAUGCUGCACAGAUUCCUGAAGCUGAAGAAGGGUUUCCUUCAGAUGCAGAGAAGAAAAGAGAAAGUGUUACACCUUGGGCAUCUUUUAAAAAAAUGGUGACUCCUAAGAAACGGGUUAGGAGACUUUCUGAAGGCGACAGAGAAGAAGAACUUGAUAAGACAACUGAAAGUGCACCUAAUGAUGAACAGGAAGAUAUUAAAGAAAAUGGUGAGGAACAAAAAAUAGAAAAAAGUACAGAUGAGCCCAGGAAAAAAGUUGAUACUUCUGUAUCAUGGGAAGCUUUGAUCUGUGUAGGCUCAUCAAAGAGAAGAAGCAGAAAAUCUUCAUCUUCUGAUGAAGAAACCGGACAAAGACUUGCUCAAGAUGAACAAAAAUUAGAUGAGAGUGCACCAAAUAAAGAAGCAGUACACGAUACUAUUUUUACUAACUCGCAUGAAAGUGAUCAAGGACAAGGAAGUUCUUCGCCAGAACAAGCAGGAAGCCCAUCUGAAACAGAGGGAAUUUCAACAUGGGAAUCUUUUAAAAGACUAGUAACUCCAAGAAGAAAAUCUAAAACAAGGAUGGAAGAGAAAAAUGAUGAACCCAUCACAGUUUCAAGUUUAGAACAUGCUACCUUAGAUGGGGAUACUGGAAAAGAAGAAUCCUGGGCUUCAUUUAAAAAAUUAAUGCCUGGUCGUAGGAAGAAAAAGUCUGAUGGAAUACCAGAACAUGCUCCUGUUCUAGAAGCUGGAGAAGAAAUGACAGGAACAAAUGAAGAGGACUUUGAUGUUCCAGCUGUGGUUCCUUUAUCAGAGUAUGAUGCUGCUGAGCAAGAGAAAAUUGAAGCUCAAAAAGCAGAGCAAGAUGAUAUGGAUAAGGAAAUUCCAAGUCAAAAUAUAGAAAAGUCAGAAAGUACAUCAAUAACUCGGCAGGUCACUGAAGGAUUAGUUCAUGCAGUUGCUGUCUCAGUGCUAGAAGGUGAGAGAGCAAUUAUAAGUAUUGAAGAAAGGUCCCCAUCUUGGAUACCAGCUGCUGUGACCACAUCCACUGAAUGUGUGAAUGAUGAUGAGGAACAGUCUGAGCAGAUUUUUGGAACUGGAAUUGUUGAAGAAACGGCAGAGGUUACUAAACUUGUGCCACAAAUGAGAAAGGAUAUUAGUGGUGAUAGUAUAAUCGGCGACCUGGAGUUAACCUCAGAAGCAGUUACAGCUAGGGAAGAAGCUUCAAUCAUUGAAGAGACAACUGAAGUGUCUUGUCCUAAAGAAACAACUGAAAUGUCUUGUGCUGAAGAGACAACCGAAAUGAUUUCAGCAGUUUCAAGGCUAACUGAGUCUCCUGAUACUACAGAAAUAGCUACACCAGUGCAGGAGAUUGAAGAAAAUGAGCAAGACCUGGAAGAAUUAAAUAAACAAACACAGGAAAUGUUGCAAAUUGUUGCUGAAAGAAUUAAGUUGUCUGAUGAAAAGGGGAUUAGUGCGAGUCUGACAGAAGUAUCCAUUCAGCCAUUGUCGGCUAAAGAAGAAACUGAGCAAAAGCUGAUGACUUCAGAAGGAACCCCCUCUACUGAAUUUCCAAAAGACGUUUGGCUUGAAACAGUAGAGUCUCGGGCUUACAAAAUUGUGCAGAUAAUAAUCCAGAAUGCAAUUGCCCAAUUUCAGCAAGAAUCCAUGGUUCUUUCAAAGCAGGAGAGUGAAACUGCAAUUCUGUACCCUGAUCCUGAUAAACUGGCAUUUUAUCAGCAAAUAAAUUCAGUGCUAGAAGAAUCUGCAGGAAGAUACACCAGAGAAGGUGCACUCCAGAUGGGCGCAUCUGGAUCCCAUCCAGAAAUGGAGGUGCCAAAAUCUUCAUUUGAUGAAGAAACUAAGGAAAAACUGAUGACUCCAGAAGGAAUUCCCUCUAUUGAAUUACCAAAAGAACUUCAACCUCAAACAAUAGUGUCUCAGGCUUACAAAAUUGUGCAGAUGAUAAUCCAGAAAGCAGUUGCUCAGUUUCAACAAGAGUCCAUGGCUCUUUUAAAGCAGAAGAGUGAAAUGGCAGUUGUGUGUCCUGAUCCGGACACAAUGGCAUUUUCAGAGAAAAUAGAUUCAGUGUUAGAAGAAUCAGCAGGAAGAUACACCAGAGAAGGUGCACUCCAGAUGGGUGCAUCUGGAUCUCCUCCAGAAAUGGAGCUGCCAAAAUCUUCAUCUGUUGAAGAAAUUGAGCAAAAGGUGAUGACUUCAGGAGGAGUCUUAACAUCUACUGAAUUUCCAAAAGAUGUUCAGCCUGAAACAAUAGAGUCUCAGGCUUACAAAAUUGCGCAGAUCAUAAUUGAGAAUGCAGUUGGUCAACUACAACAAGAGUCUAUGCCUCUUUUAAAGAAGAAGAGUGAGACUGCAGUUUUGUACCUUGAUCUUGAUAAAGUGGCAUCUUCUGAGAAAAUAGAUUCAGUACUAGAAGAAUCAGCAGGAAGAUGCACCAGAGAUGGUGCACGCCAGGUGGGUACAUUUGGAUCCCCUACAGAAAUGGAGCUGCUACCAUCUUCAUCAGAAGAAACUGAGGAAAAGGUGAUGGCUUCAGAAGGAAUCUCAACAUUUACUGACUUUCCAAAAGAUGUUCAGCCUGAAACAACAGAGUCUCAGGCUUACAAAAUUGCGCAGAAAAUAAUCCAGUAUGCACUUGCCCAGUUUCAACAUGAGUCUGUGGCUCUUUCAAAGCAGAAAAGAGAAACUGCAGUUCUGUAUCCUGAUCCUGAUAAAGUGGCAUUUUCAGAGAAAAUAGGUUCAGUGCUAGAAGAAUCAGCAGGAAGAUGCACCAGAGAAAGUGUACUCCAGAUAGGUUCAUCAGGAUCCCCUCCAGAAAUGGAGUUGCCAACAUCUUCACCUGUUGAAGAAGCUGAGCAAAAGGUGAUAACUUUAGAAAGAAUCCCCUCUACUGAAUUUCCAAAAGAUGUUCAGCCUGAAACAAUCAAAUCUCAGAGUUUAAAAGUGGCACAGGAAGUGAGUGCAGUUGCUCAAUUUCAACAAGAGCCCAUGGCUUUUUUAAAGCAGAAGAGUGAAACUGCAGUUCUGUAUCCUGAUUCUGAUGCAGUGGAAUUUUCAAAAGAGAUAGAUUCGGCGCUAGAAGAAUCACUAGAGAAAUGCACCAGAGACAGUGCACUCCAGAUGAGUACAUCUGGCUCCCCUCCAGAAUUGGAGCUGCCAAAAUCUUCAUCAGAAGAAGAAACCGAGGAAAAGGUGAUGAUGACAUCAGAAAGAAUACCCUCUGCUGAAUUUACAGAAGAAUCACAAGGAAGAUGCACCAGAGAAGAUUCACUCCAGACUGGUACAUGUGGAUCCCCUCCAGAAAUGGAUCUGCCAAUUUCUUCAGCUCAGGAAGAAGUUGAGCAAAAGGUAAUGACUUCAGAAGGAGUCUCAACAUCUACUGACUUUCCAAAAAUUGUUCUGCCUGAAACCACAGAGUCUCAGGCUUACAAAAUUGUGCAGAUAAUAAUCCAGUAUGCACUUGCCCAGUUUCAACCCGAGUCCGUGGCCCUUUUAAAGCAGAAAGGAGAAACUGCAGUUCUGUAUCCUGAUCCUGAUAAAGUGGCAUUUUCAGAGAAAAUAGAUUCAAUGCUAGAAGAAUCAGCAGAAAGGUGCACCAGAGAAAGUGUACUCCAGAUAGGUUCAUCUGGAUUACAUCCAGAAAUGGAGUUGCCAACAUCUUCAGCUGAUGAAACUGAGGAAAAUGGGAUGACUUCAGAAGGAAUCCCCGCUACUGAAUUUCCAAAAGAGGUUCAACCUAAAACCACAGAGUCUCAGGCUUACAAAAUUGCGCAGAUAAUAAUCCAGAAUGCAGUUGCUCAAUUUCAACAAGAGUCCAUAGCUCUUUCAAAGCAGAAGAGUGAAACUGCAGUUCUAUGUCAUGAUUCUGAUGCAGUGACAUUUUCAGAGAAAAUAGAUUUGGCGCUAGAAGAACCACCAGGGAAAUGCACCAGAGAAGAUGCACUGUGGGCAGGUGCAUCUGGAUCCCGUCCAGAAAUGGAGGUGCCAACCUCUUCACUUGAUGAAGAAACAGAGGAAAAGGUGAUGAUGACUUCAGAAAGAAUCUCCUCUGCUGAAUUUCCAAAAAGUGUUGAAUUUCCAAAAAGUGUUGAGUUUAAAGCAAUAGAAUCUCAGGCUUACAAAAUUGUGCAGAUAAUAAUCCAGAAUGCAGUUGCUCAAUUUCAACAAGAGUCCAUGGCUCUUUCAAAGCAGAAAUGUGAUACUGUAGUUAUGUACCCUGAUCCUGAUGCACUGGCAUUUUCAAAAAAAAUUGAUUCAGUGCUAGAAGAAGCAUCAGGAAGAUGCACCAGAGAAAGGGCACUCCAAACAAGUACAUCUGGAUCCCCUUCAGAAAUGGAGGUGCCAACAUCUUCAGCUGAUAAAGCAACUGAGGAAGAGGUGAUGACUUCAGAAAGAAUUCCCUUUACUGAAUUUCGGAAAGAUGUUCUGCCUGAAACAAUAGAGUCUCGGGUUUAUAAACUUGUGCAGAUAAUAAUCCAGAAUGCAAUUGCUCAGUUUAAACAAGAGUCCAUGGCUCUUUCAAAGCAGAAGAGUAAAACUGUAAUUAUGUAUCCUGAUCCUAAUGAAAUGGCAUUUUCAGAGAAAAUAGAUUCAGUGCUAGAAGAAUCAGAAGGAAAAUACACCAGAGAAGGUGCACUCCAGAUGGGUACAUCUGGAUCUCCUCCAGAAAUGGAGCUGCCAAAAUUUUCAUCUGAAGAACAAACAGAGGAAAAGGUGAUGCCUGCAGAAGGUAUCCCCUCUACUGAAUUUCCAGAAGAAUCAGGAGGAAGAUGCAUCACAGAAGGUGCAUUCCAGAUGGGUACAUCUGGAUCCCCUCCAGAAAUGGAUCUGCCAAAAUUUUCAUCUGAAGAAGAAACUGAGGAAAAGAUUAUGACUUCAGAGGACAUCCCCUGUACUGACUUUUCAGAAGAAUCAGAAGGAAAAUACACUAGAGAAGGUGCACUCCAGAUGAGUACAUCUGGAUCUCCUCCAGAAAUAGAGCUGCCAAAAUCUUCAUCAGAAGUAGAAACUGAGGAAAAGGUGAUGAUGACUUCAGAAGAAAUACCCUCUGCUGAAUUUCCAGAAGAAUCAGAAGGAAGAUGCACCGCAGAAGGAGCACUCCAGACAGGCUCAUCUGGAUCCCCUCCAGAAAUGGAGCUGCCAAAAUUUUCAUCUGAAGAACAAACUGAGGGAAAGGUGAUGACUUCAGAAUACAUCCCCUCUACUGAAUUUCCAGAAGAAUCAGAAGGAAAAUGCACCAGAGAAGGUGCACUCCAAAUGGGUGCAUCUGGAUCUCCUCCAGAAAUGGAGCUGCCAAAAUUUUCAUCUGAAGAAGAAACACAGGAAAAGAUGAUGAUGACUUCAGAAUACAUCCCCUCUGCUGAAUUUCCAGAAAAAUCAGAAGGAAAACGCACUAGAGAAGGUGCACUCCAAAUGGGUGCAUCUGGAUCUCCUCCAGAAAUGGAGCUACCAAAAUUUUCAUCUGAAGAAGAAACUGAGGAAAAGAUGAUGACUUCAGAGGGCAUCCCCUGUACUGACUUUUCAGAAGAAUCAGAAGGAAAAUGCACUAGAGAAGGUGCACUCCAGAUGAGUACAUCUGGAUCCCCUCCAGAAAUAGAGCUGCCAAAAUCUUCAUCAGAAGUAGAAAGUGAGGAAAAGGUGAUGAUGACUUCAGAAGAAAUACCCUCUGAUGAAUUUGUAGAAGAAUCAGCAGAAAGAUGCAUCAGAGAAGAUUCACUCCAGACAGGUACAUCUCAAUCACCUCCAGAAAUGGAGCUGCAUCCAUCUUCAUCUCAGGAAGAAGCUGAGCAAAAGGUGAUGACUCCAGAACGAGUCCCGACCUCUACUGAAUUUCCAAAAUAUGUUCAGCCUGACACAGCCAUUUCUCCUUUAAAGCAGAAGAGUGAACUCUGUCUAACGGGUUUAAAUGAAUUCGGAAUUCAGGAAGUUUUACAAGUUAGUCAGCAAGUUUCUCUGGCAGAAGAGAAAAAUCAUGAAAUUCAGCCAACAACUAUAAAUUCAGAGACAGAAGAAGCCACUGAAGUAGCGAAAGAAAUGCCUUCAUGUUCUAUAGUAUUUGAAGAUAGAGAAAAAUGGAAUUUCAGAAAGACAGAUGCUGAUCUUGAAACUCUGAAAGAGAAUGUAAAUGAAAUGGAAAGUAAGAAAUAUGAUUCAAAGCCUCAAUUAAAAGCGGAUGUAGUUGUUUCAACAGAGACUCAAAACAUCAUGCUAGGAAGUAUUGUCUCAGGAGAUCAUCCAGUAGGAUCUCUUGAAACAGAACAUUCAACAAUAAAAGAUUUAGAAAUUGGGCUUAUAGAUGAAAACCAAGAAAAGUUAAUAGAACAUCAGACUCAGAGGAAGAGAAAAGAAGAUUACAUCCAAUCAACAGAAUUUCCUGAGAUGCCUAAAGAAGAAGACACUACAUUUGGUGACAGUCCUCAGCUUCAGACAAAACUCGGCAAAUUCUGAGGUUUUAUUUCUGUUGAAGACUGCUUCUUACAUUUGGAGGGACCAGACCCAAAAAAGGUAGCAGAAAAGGAUGGAUUCUGCUUAAACUGGCUGAAGACCAAUGAUUUUGUUGUGAGAACAUGUCCAUGCUUUCAGAUGUUUUUCUGAGGAAGUCACCUGACAAUCCUGAGCUACCAUCAGGAGCUUGAGCCACCUCCUUUAGUUUUUGAUUGUGAAUACUUCCUUUCACAAUAUUCUUUUACCGUUAUUUUUGUUGUUGAUAAAGAGAUUGUGGUGGGAUAUUGAAUAGGGGCAGGAAGUAUUUCUGCUCAAAUGAUGUCAGUCUCUUAAUCUGGAAAGAAAAUUGGCAUCUUCUGAGAUUCCCUUUUUACCAAUGCUUCUCAAACUGGAUUGUAAUUCUUUGUGUAUUUAUGUUUCCUCUUCUUUCUAUGUAAAAGAUUUAAAGAAAAUUAUUUCACUUGUUUGGGCCAAGAGGUAUUACGAAUGACCCAUCACUAACCAUAGAUGGUUCCAACCAACUUAACAUUGGUUUCCCAUUUGCUUGGAGGAAUGUGAGAAUAAAUGUUUUAUGAUAUAUUUGCUAUUGAUUUCAGAAUGGUCAUUGCCAAACAAUACAACUUCUCUUGAUCUGUUAGUAAAUUGUAAAUCUAAUUCCUACUUCAUGAAUAGUGAGAUACAUUAUGAUUUCUUUGAAGUAAUUUAAAUGAGGAUUUGGCUUACAUUUAUAUUUGCAUUCAUAUUCAGAAUAAAUGCAUUAUAAGAUGAUUUAGGAUGCCUGGAAUAAAUACACUCAAUUUUGUUCAAUGCAACUCAUAAUAUGAGGUCAUAAGAAGUUGCACGUACAAAAUGGCCAGGCUUCAAAUGCUCAGCAACUGAAUAAUCAUUAAAUAAUAUUCUUUCAGAAUUUGAUCUUCUAAUCACCGAGUUGUAUAGCCAGUCAAAUUAAAUUGCAUUUUGUAGUCUUCAUAUCCAUCAAAAUGAGCUUUUUCCAAGCCCCAGGAGGCACAUUGUCCUACCUGUAUUAUAUUUCAUUUGAAAUGUAUCCAGGAAACUAAAUGUUAAGAGCUGCCCAAUGAGGAAUAAAACAGAAAGAUCACUGAUAUGACUGCACCAUCUAGUGGUCACUAUACACACUUUAUAACUUAGGAUAACUUUUGGCUAAUAAUACUACUUUUAUUCAGCUAAAACAGUAUGGCAAGUGUUUCAUACAGUUACUUCUACAUUAUAUCUGGAAUAGCUUGGCUAUAAAAGGCAAAUAUGACAAAUAAUAAUAUGCAAUCCUGUACAUGCAUUGUGACAUUGCAGUGGGCUGUUUUGUGCAAGUUAAUAGUGAGAGAUGUUACAUCUUUUGUACAAAAAGAAAAAUCCACUUAGACUGUGGUAAGUAGGUAUCUCUGCUUUUUUAAAAGAAAAGUCAUAUACUGGAUCUGUUGAUAUUAAGAUAUAAGCAAUUUCUUUUUAAAUGAUAAAUGGUUGUUUCUUUUAGCAUGUUUAAUUCAAACUUUAUGUUUUGGUGAUUAUCUUCAGCGAUACAAAACCCAGUGGAAUCCAGGUACCCAAAGAUCAGUCAGUCAUUUUGUUGUAAGGGAAUCCUGUGCACCUUUUUCAGUUUUAAAUGCAUCAGUGACGGAAGACACAAGGGACAAUAAGCCCUGCCUGCUCAUCAGAAACUAUUAAGUGGUGCCAAAGGGAAGAAGAGGCCAUAUCAGCAGUGAGUAGUUACUUCCUGGCCAGAAUGGUGAUCAUGAACCUACCAAAUAGUAUCCCUCUAGAAAUUCAGUUUGAUCUCUUUGUUUUCACAUUUCUGUUUUGAGUGAUUUUUUUUCCAUCACAUUGACCUCAUCAAAAUAUUUAAAAAUUGUCAGUCUAUUCAAGUAUGUAACAACAAAAAGUAGCUUGUUCAUUCCAAUAUGUGUGCACUUUUCAAAUCUAAACAAUGAAAACUUGCAUAUGCUAUCAUAUGCUUUCUUAGACAUGAGAGAAGAGCAUAAUGAAACAAUUUGUUCACUCCAGUUGAGUGGUAUUUCAAAAAGUUAAUUUUAUCUUUCAAAAUCAAUGAAUAAUUAACCUUCAGGCUCCUUAGAAUAUUUUUUUUCUGAAAGUUAAUAGUAUAAACUACACAAAUGUAUUUACUUCCAGACCUCUGAAUUAUUGUUCUACAAUUCCUUAGUGUGAUUGAAUAGGUAAGAAAAUUUAAUUUACUUGAAGAUGGAAACAAGGAGGGCUUGUGGCUCUCUUAAUUAGAAUUAAAAUGUUCAAUAAUAAGUGUCCCAAAUUAAUUAGCAUAUACAGUACUUUAUUAUAACAUCAUUUCCCCCAGCUACAAGUUUUGUUCUGGGUGCAAGACACUAGCUUUCUCACUUUCAUUAGUUCUUUUAUUAAAUAAAACCUUGUGACAUUUCAUAAAGUUAAUUUUAUCUUUGAAAAGCCAAUGGACAAGUUAUAUGUUUGUUUGUUUGUUUGUUUUAUUAAACUUAUAUACCGCCCUACUCCCAAAGGACUCAGGGAGGUGAACAGGCACAAAAUAAAAUACAUAAAUACAAAAGUUAGAAACAUAAUUAAAACCAAAUUAAAUAAUUUAGCCCAAGACAAUUAAAAAUCCCAAUAAUUUAAAACAAAUUAAAAUUCCAAUUUAAAAAUUUAAAAGAAAGGGGAGAAAAUUAGGCCAGGCCGGCUUGCUGGAAUAGGAGGGUCUUAAGAGCACGGCGGAAAGUGCGCAGAUCCGGGAUCCUCCGUAUCUCCGGAUAACUAUAUAACCUAUAGUUCCUUAGAACAUUUCUUUUUUGAAGUUGAUAGUAUAGAUUUCACAAAUGUAUUUAUUAUUAAGAAAUAUAGUUCUAUUUAAUUUCAAUAAAAAAUAAAAUAUAAAACUACAGUCCCUACAUACAAGUCACUUACUAUUUAGCAUUUUUUCUUCAAGCAAAUGUGUGGAUUUUUCUUAGGGGAGCAAGGGUCCUCUAUGUCAUCUAAAAGAAGAGGCUGAGCCAACAAUGUGACUCAUCUGCCAUUCCUGUGUUGUGGUAUCUUUUUCAAUAGAUCUGCUGAAAUUACAGUUUAAGACCUGAUCUAUCCCUUACCCCUAUUUCUGGAAUUCACUCUUGCCUGAUCAAGUUUCUUUAUGCGAUCAACUUGAUUCGGAAAUGUUUAUUAUGUACAGCCCACUUCAAAAUAAGAUUUUAGUGCUACUUUAAUUUUAACAGUUAAUGGGAAACCAAUUAUUUAAGCAAACUAUAAUCUGUUUAUGGAAAGCCAUAUUGUGAAAGCUGCAGCAAGUGAAAUAAUAAUACAAAAUACAGUGGUGGCAUGACCUAUGUAAUCCUGGACUUUAUAUCUCCCUUUAUAGCUCUAAGAUUGUUAAUAGUUGUGUAAAGUUAAACAUUUAAAUAAAAUCUGGUAAUAAUGUAAAUAGUUACUGACUAGAAGUUGAGGAACAAGGGCUUAAUUUGGGAACUUUUUUUUUUAAAGAUAUUAUGACCUUUCUAAGCAAUGUCAAGGACAUAAAUCAUCUAACCAGUCAUUCUUCUUGCAACUGAUGGUCUCAAAACAAAAAACAAGGCACCCAAAGAAUUUUUGUCUUGGUGCAGGGAGCAUGUCUCCAUUCCCAGAUACUGCUUUGAUACAGUGUGUUGCUUUGGCCUCAAAAAUACUUCAGACAACCUGCAAAUCUUAGUUUGUGCCUCAACUCCAAGCUUUUGCAGUUUCUUCUAAUUGAUUGUAUUGGAUUAUAUUUUGACUUUCUAUGUUGUUUUUAAGGUAGAUUUUCAUGGAUUAAAUAAAAUUCAAAUUCA